AUGCAGACUUCUUUUACAAACAUUUGUGAAAGACUGUGCAAUAAGUCCAUCCGUGAAAUUUCCUUGCUACUAAAUAUUCCACGGUCAACUGCUAGUGGUAUCAUAACAAAGUAGAAGCAACUGGGAAAAACAGCAACUCAGCCACGAAGUGGUAGGCCAUGUAAAAUGACAGAGAGGGAUCAAUGCAUGUUGAAGCACACAGUGCGCAGAAGUUCCCAACUGUCUGCAGAGUCAAUAGCUAAAGACCUCCAAACUUUGUUUGGCCUUCAGAGCACAACAACAGUGCAUAGAGAGCUUCAUGAAAUGGGUUUCGAUGGCCGAGCAGAUGCAUGCAAG